CUUCCCAUUAACAGGUGUCUCUUGCUUCUUCAAGGAAAGAUUUUUCAAACGGCUCCGCUGUUGCCUUAUUAACAUAUGAGUUCUUCAAACAUAUUGGUAUUGAAGCCAGAGGUGAAAGAGAGAAUGAUGCAGGCAGAUACUUUGUUCUUGCAAUGGUUUUCCCUUCUUGUAAGGUUUUGAAGAAUGGAGUACGAUUAUCAUGGAGCCUUUCAUGCAUGAUGGGUUUCCCUUCUUUGGACAGGAUCAUAUUUAUCUCCUCUAUUCAAACUCUGUCUGUAGCUGGGCUUCUAAAUAACUUCCCUAACUCAAUUACUAAUGCAGUAUGUCCUCUCACACUCAGCAUAUGCAAGGACUUGCGGUUACAACUGAUUUCAUCAAUGGAUGUUUCAUCAAUUAAACAUGACAAUUUGUCCUGCAGUAUCCGUCCAGCUGAGAUUUACCAGGAUCACUUUGAAAAUGAGAAGGUUUCAUCUCCAAAGACGCCAUCCAUGUACAAGCCAACGCUUGAUUCUCCUAUUAGUGGUCUGCUACAUUCGGGAAGACGCGAAGACUCUCUGCCGAAUAUACAUUGUUUAAAUGUGAAAUCUUUGGGUAAAUUUGAUAUAAAAUUAGCAUUAGGUGAUGAAAAAAUGAAGGAACUUUGGCAAAAUUGUGCUGUUCACUGGCUACGUACUCGCAUUUUACUCCCGGGUAAUAUUGUGACAAUCCCAAUAUUUCCAGAUACUUUUGUUUUCCGUGUGGAAGGUGCAAAUGAAUCAGAAUGCACUAAUAAGAAGUUGAUAGAUGAAGGAAAGGAUUUGAUUUAUCGAACUCGUACAUUGAUGGACCAUAUAAAAGAAGCCUUUUUGGUGGAUCAUGAAACAAAAGUACAUAUCUUUUCAUCAUUAACUUCUGAAACGGAGACUGUAGAGAAAAGAGGUUACCCACAGGAGGACCUUGAGCAUAAAGACUUAAGGACGAAAAUGACAAGUGGUGUUCCACAAUUGGGUGGUCUAUCUAAAGAAUUUGCUCUGUUGAAGGAAAUCAUUAUCUCCUCUUCAGAGAAGGACAGUGUGUCAAGGUUUUCUUAUGUCAUCUUUUAUUAUGAUUUGCUUCAUAAAUUAUAAUAUUUUGUUUACUUAUACUGUUGCCGUCUAAUUUUGUGGAUUAUCAUGACCUACUACGUUACAUCAUUGUAUUGGUAAAAUAUUUGUAACUAUCAAAUGUUAAUCCAUGAUGAAUGCCAUUUAGUUUCUGCUGCUCCAGUUUCUGAUAAGGCCCAUUUAUGUCAAUUAAAUCAAAGAAGGCUUAUGGAAUUUAUUUGCCUUCCCACAAGAGGGCAGGUGGUUAUUUUAGUUGCUGGGAAGCCAAGUGAAGGUGGGUUUAUAAGCC